AUGCCGAUGGCCUUGAAGAAAACAUUCAAAAACCAAAAUGCCACCCUCACGUGCUCUGCGCGAAAUUGAAAGUGCAGAGAUCGUUGUUGUUGGAAAUCUGAACGCUAAUUCUCCCAACUUCGCUUUACAGAUUAUCUAUACUUAAAAAAAAGAAUACUGUCAAUUGUUAUCUAUAAAGAGAAGACAUUAAUUAUUGGCAAAAUGGUUUUGUGUGCAAUUUGCUCAAGUGAAACUUCGAAGUAUAAAUGUUCGAAGUGUAUUGCACCAUAUUGCUCACUUCCUUGUUACCAAAAACAUAAACAAAGUGGAUGCGAAUCAAAGACCUCUAUUCCAAGAAUUGUGGAUACUACCGUUGAACAAGAGGAUGAUAUGGUCGACUAUGUUCCGAGGAGAGUUUUAGAAGGCCUAAAGCAUUCUGAACGAAUCCGAGAUCUACUGAAAAACCCUCAUUUACGAAGUCUCCUUCGAUUCCUGAAUGAUACAAAUAAACCGUAUUCUGCAUUAGAAAAUGUUAUGCGUGAACCUAUUUUCGUCGAAUUUUCAGAUGAAUGUCUUAGAAUUGUAGACCCAAAUUUAUGAGUCAAAUAUGUUAUUUUAAUAUAUUUUCUUAUCAUGUUUGAAGUGUUCUCAAAUACACAAAUCUGAACAUA